GAGGGAUCAAUUUGAAUUUGACUAAAUUUCAUUUUAUUUUUCCUCUCAUUUUCAACUUUCCCAAUUCAUUUUUGGACCCUCUGGAUCUAACCCUUGUCUGAGAAAUUUUCAAGAUUUGAUUCUUUUUGUUCAUUUGGUAUUGUGAAUUGUAAUAUUUGUUUAAUUUGAUUGCUAUGGAUGAUAAUUUUCACAGGCAAGGGCUAGUGGCACAUGCUCCUCCUCCUGGUCACUUUUCACGGUUGGAAAACAGACGGGCUGAAGACGAUCUUUAUUUGAGAAAGAGAGUGAGGAUGAGAAGGUGGCUGUGCUGCACCUGUCAAGUAGAGGAGUCCUAUCCAUCAAAUGAAACCGAGCACCUUAAAAACCCUGCAACUCAUGCUGAUG